AUGGUUCAAUUUGGUCUUUCAAAGAUUGAAAGUGUCAUUGAAAAUAUCCGUGAUAGUGUGGUUCAUAUUAAGCAAUUUGAAGGGAGGCUAAUUAUGUUUUCUAAGAUUGUACAACAGUUGCAAUUACCUUAUAGGAAGUUGGUGCUUGAUUGCAAAACAAGGUGGAAUUCAACUUAUGAGAUGCUAUCAGUUGCAUUGAAGUUUAAAGAUGUUUUCCCAAGAUACAAAGAUCGUGAUAUCACCUAUGAUUGUUGUCCAAGCAAUGAAGAUUGGGAAAAGGCAGAAAAAAUGUGUGAAAUUCUUGAAGUGUUCAAUUCCACUACCAAUAUUAUUUCUGGAAGUGAGUAUCCUACUUCAAACUUGUUUCUAAAUGAAGUUUUUCGUGUGAAAGAAGUGUGCAAAAUGAGAGCCAUUGAGUUUUCAUUUCCUAGAAUGUAUCAUUCUUUGGAAGCACAAACUCAUAUUCUUGAUGUGAAAAAUUGUUUGUAUGAGCUUUACAAUGAAUAUCUUGUUGAGUAUCAAUCCAUUGGUUCUGAGAAUAGUGCUGAAACUACAUCAAUUGGUUGUACAAGUAGUGCAAGUGGUUCUUCUUCAGGAUGGUCUCAAUUUCAAGCAUUUGUGAAGACAGUUGAAACUAUUACUCCCCAAAAAUCUGAUUUGGAUAUUUAUCUCGAAGAAGGGUGCUUUAUUUGUGAUGGAGAUUCUCGCAAGUUUGACGCUUUGGAGUGGUGGAAGGCAAAUACCUUAAAGUAUCGUGUUUUGUCUAAGAUGGCUAGAGAUGUUCUUGCUAUACCUAUAACUACUGUAGCUUCUGAAAGCACUUUUAGUGCCGGCGGACGGGUUAUUGAUUCAUAUCGUGCUUCAUUGUCUGUUGAUACUGUACAAGGUUUAAUUUGUGGAGGUGAUUGGUUGCGUUGUCUUCAUUGUGUGAAGAAAAAGAAUAAGAAAGAGAAGAAAGCAGAGGAAAUUGCUCUUCCUAUCAAUCAUUGA